GGUUGUCUGGGUGGGGAGGAUGGAAGCUCCGAGGAAUUAGAAUCGUGUUCCAUCUUCUACGCACUCAGGAAUUGAACCCAAAAAACCUUGGACCUAAUUUGGUAAUUUUAAACGCUCCUCCAUCGCCCCUCUGUUUAUAAAUAAUUCACCGCCUCUAAGCUUCCGAAACUCCCUCGAGCGCUCACGCUUACACACUUUUGCCUUCUCUGCUUCUUUUUCAAUUUUUUUUAUCAAGUUUUCCGUAUUCAAUUCCGUAGAAAAGAAACUCUGCAAUCAUGCUAGUUUACCAGGAUCUUCUCUCAGGCGAUGAACUUCUCUCGGACUCGUUCCCUUACAAGGAAAUUGAGAAUGGGAUGCUGUGGGAGGUGGAAGGAAAGUGGGUUGCUCAAGGAGCCGUCGAUGUAGACAUCGGGGCUAACCCUUCUGCAGAAGGUGCAGAUGAGGAUGAAGGAGUUGAUGACCAAGUUGUGAAGGUUGUUGACAUUGUUGAUACCUUUAGGCUUCAGGAACAACCUUCCUUUGACAAGAAGCAGUUUGUCACAUACAUGAAGAGGUACAUCAAGAAUCUGACAGGCAAAUUGGAGCCUGAGCAGCAAGACUUGUUUAAGAAACACAUUGAGGCAGCGACCAAGUUCCUCCUUUCAAAGCUCAGUGACCUCCAGUUUUUUGUGGGUGAAAGCAUGCAUGAUGAUGGCAGUUUGGUUUUUGCAUACUACAAGGAAGGUGCUACUGAUCCGACCUUUAUCUACUUUGCUUAUGGAUUGAAGGAAGUUAAGUGUUAAACAAUGGCCUACCAAAACAAGCUUUGGGAUGGUGAUGUUCUCUGUAGUUUUCGCUUUCUGAGUUAUUUAGUAUUUUCUUUCCCCUUUUCCUUUGGUUCCGGUGGAUUACGAAGGUACAAUGUGUUCUAAUAGUUUUGGUUUUCAAGUAUUGCUCUAUUAUUAUGUGCUUUUUUUUAUCUUUUUUCUUUUUUCUGGCGACAUUGAAUGGAUUUAUAUACAUACCCCAUUUGGGGAAUAAUAUAUAAAAUGUGUGUUCUGCAAAUUGCUAAA